UGAACAGGCGGCUCAGCAGCUACCACUCACUCAAACGAAGACGCCAUUACUGCGUGUGCCCCAGCCUCCCUAAUCCCCACCUCCACCCCCGGCGUCUGUCAAUCAAGCUGCAGCGGGGGCGGGGCGUGAAGGCCAGGGCAGGGCGGGGCGGCGCUUCCGCUGCGCGAGGCCGCUCGGGGUCGCUCGCGGGAGCCCGGCGCAGUCCGGAAUCCGGCGGUCCGUGCGGCCAGAUGAAGGGCGCGAUGGAGCCGGAGCCCGAGGUGCUGCUUCAAGAAGCCCGCGAGAACGUGGAGGCGGCGCAGAGCUACCGGCGGGAGCUGGGCCAGCGGCUGCAGGGGCUGCGGGAGGCGCAGAGGCAGAUAAAGGAGAGUGCUUCACAGACAAGAGAUGUCCUCAAACAGCAUUUUAGUGAUUUAAAAGGAACCCUUGGGAAGCUAUUGGAUGAGCGAUUGGUGACCCUAUUGCAAGAGGUGGACACCAUUGAACAGGAGACCAUCAAACCACUAGAUGACUGCCAGAAGCUCAUAGAGCAUGGAGUUAAUACUGCAGAUGACCUGGUCCGAGAAGGUGAGAUUGCCAUUCUUGGUGGUAUCGAAGAGCAGAAUGAUAAAUUGUGGAACUUUACCAAAAAGGCCUCACACAUUCAGUUGGACAGCUUACCAGAAGUGCCUUUGCUAGUUGAUGUACCCUGUUUGUCGGCUCAGUUGGACGAUUCCAUUCUUAACAUAGUGAAAGACCACAUUUUUAAGCAUGGAACAGUAGCCUCCCGCCCGCCAGUACAGAUUGAAGAAUUAAUAGAGAAACCUGGAGGCAUCAUAGUGCGAUGGUGUAAGGUGGAUGAUGACUUUACGGCCCAAGAUUACAGGCUUCAGUUCCGUAAAUGUACUGCAAAUCAUUUUGAAGACGUGUAUGUAGGUUCUGAAACGGAAUUCAUAGUGUUGCACAUAGACCCCAAUGUUGAUUAUCAAUUCAGAGUCUGCGCCCGAGGAGACGGCCGGCAGGAAUGGAGUCCUUGGAGUGUUCCCCAGACAGGUCACUCCACACUGGUGCCUCAUGAGUGGACAACUGGCUUUGAAGGAUACAGUCUGAGCAGUCGAAGGAAUAUAGCCCUCCGGAACGAUGCUGAGUCCUCAGGCGUUCUCUACUCCAGUGCUCCAACUUACUUCUGUGGGCAGACGCUGACAUUCAGAGUUGAAACUGUGGGACAGCCAGACCGAAGAGACAGUAUAGGAGUGUGUGCAGAAAAGCAGAAUGGCUAUGAAUCUCUGCAGCGGGACCAAGCUGUGUGCAUCAGCACAAAUGGUGCAGUCUUUGUCAAUGGAAAAGAAAUGACCAAUCAGUUGCCUGCAGUUACCUCUGGCUCCACUAGAUGGCAGAGGUCUGCAUUCCUUAAGGUGAAGCCACUUUUGGAAGAACACAGCAGUGUUAGCAGGUCGCAUGUGCAUCUUGCCUCAACCGUGCACGUGGGCUGUGCGGAGUGUUAA